AUGGUCGCCGACGCUCUCGUAUACCACCCCACGGUGUCGCACUAUCUCAAGUUCGUCGCCACCACCGUGGGUCGCGACAAAGUGCUGCGCGUGAUUCAGUACUUUGCCCGCUUCUACGCCUGGUACCUGUUCCGCACCAACGGCACUCCCGCCGAGAUCGCCCCCUGGGCCGCUAUCAAGAAGCAGUUUGGCCUCGUGCGCAAGUUCAUGCGCGUCGGCAAGAACGUCGAGCACCUGCGCGCCGCCGCCGUCGCCGCCGACGCCAAGACUGCAGACCCCGUCGUGCGCUAUACCACCGUCGGCCGCCAACUCGGCUACGCCGGCUACCUGACCUUUGACGCGGCCACCGUGCUCGAUGCCGCCGGAAUCAGGUCCUCCAAGAACGCCGCCAGGCUCAGCAGGGAGGCCUUCAGGUUCUGGGCCUUUGGCUUGACCUUUAGCAUCGUCGGCCAGCUGUACGCUCUGUGGAGACUGAAGGAGCGUGAGGCCAGGGUCGACCGCAAGGAGGGUGAGGGUGUUGUCGAGGCCAAGAGGAUUGCCAUUGAGAGGGCGGCUGCCCGCACCCAGCUCAUCUCUGACCUGUGCGACCUGACCAUCCCGACAUCGGCCUUGGGCUGGAUUCCCUUUGACGAUGGCAUUGUUGGUAUCGCCGGUACCGUGAGCAGUUUGAUUGGUGUCAUGGCGCAAUGGAAGAAAACGGCGUGA